UUGACAACUUCCAGCUGUUGUUUUGUGUCCAAAAAAUGUCAUUUUUUUAUUAAAAAUUUUUAACAAAAUCGGAAUGUAAUAAUUACAACUUUUAGAUUAUAAUUAAUUAAUUGCCUUUUUUUAAAUGAAAAGUAUGUUUUUUAGGUUAUUUCAUCACUAGAUUAACAAAAACUAAAUGUAAACAGGAGAAAAACCUGAAUCUAAAUUAGCGUAAUAUUUAUAACUACCUAACAUACAGUGUACAUACCAGUUUCAAAUUCAGUUUAAACAGUUACCAAUUACAAUUACAACGCUAGUGAUAUGUUAAAUUUGAUACCCCAUGUGUAAAAGAUAGUUCUUGGUGGGUAAUGAUUGCGAAUGAAGCAGUUGGUAUUCUAGUUAAUACUGAAGAUACUGAGCCCCGAAGUGCCUUGACCGUGGUGUGCAGUGAUUCCGAAGACAUUCCUUUAGUUCCCGAAGUAGCCUUCGACGGCAACUUGGAUUCUCCAGGAAUUAAUAGGGAGUCUCAGCCCUUGCUAGGAGGGCUAGAGGUCUCUUACAAUCAAUUUCCAGAUGAUGCCGAGUUUAGUGAACUGGUAUGGCAAACGGAAACGGCUAUUGAUAAUGGGAUAUUUCCGGAAAGGAUAACACAAGGAUCUAGUGGUUCAUAUUUUGUAAAAAACCAAGCGGGAAAAAUUAUAGCAGUUUUUAAACCAAAAGAUGAAGAGCCUUAUGGUAGGUUGAAUCCGAAAUGGACAAAAUGGAUGCAUAAAUUAUGUUGUCCUUGUUGUUUUGGCAGAUCGUGUCUGAUACCAAACCAGGGGUAUCUGUCGGAAGCCGCAGCCUACCUUGUAGAUAAUAAGCUAGGGUUAAAUAUUGUACCGAAGACUAGGGUUGUUAAGUUGGUAUCAGAAACAUUUAAUUAUUUAAGGAUAGACAGGGAAAAAGCUAGGGUUAAAAGAGCAAUCACGGAACAAUUCCCAAACGUAGGUUUAAGGUUUAAUCGAAUUGGUCUACCUCCCAAAGUGGGUUCCUUUCAAUUAUUUGUAGAUAAUUAUAAAGAUGCUCAUUACUGGCUGUCCAAGUUUGAAAUGGAGCCCCUGUCACCACCCAUAGCCAAAAAAUUUCAACUUCAGUUCGAAAGAUUAGUUGUCUUAGAUUAUAUUAUUAGAAACACGGACAGGGGUAACGAUAAUUGGCUUAUAAGAUACGACCAACCAUCAAUUAUAAACGGCAAAACAGUGAGUGCUCAAGUGGACUUAACAGAUACGUCAGACUGGAAUCUAGUGAAUAUGCCAGAAAUUAAAAUAGCCGCAAUCGAUAACGGGUUGGCAUUUCCUUAUAAGCACCCUGACAGUUGGAGGGCGUAUCCUUAUCAUUGGGCGUGGCUGCCGCAAGCAAAAAUACCCUUCGGAAAGGAAAUUAAGGAAUUAGUUUUGCCUUUGUUAAGUGAUAUGAACUUUGUACAGGAUUUAUGUGAUGAUUUAUACCUUCUCUUCAAACAAGACAAAGGUUUCGACAGAAACCUUUACGAACGACAAAUGUCAGUUAUGCGUGGCCAAAUUCUGAACCUCACGCAGGCUCUCAAAGAUGGCAAAUCGCCUGUACAAUUGGUACAAAUGCCCGCUGUAGUCGUCGAAAAAUCGCAAGGUCACCAUCACCGGUUUUUUAAUUUCACCCAACGCUUCCAAGAUAAGAGUCCAUUCUUUUCGUGGUGUUAACAUAAAAUGAUUUAAAAUUUAUUUUUGUCUUAGCUUAUCUUUAUCAUUCUAUACAUGAAUUAUAUAAUGCAUUAUAUUCUUAGUUAUUUAUAUUAUUGAGUUAAAUUUGGAAUUUAGAAGACAUUUUUCAGUCUAUAGAUUUUCUUACUACUGUAACUAUACAGGGUAUUCCCUAAUGACAUGCUAAUAUUUAAGUAGUGGGUGAUUCUUGGACCUAUAGUAAGAAAAAAAACCUCACAUGAAUGUCCUAAACAUCCUAACUUUUUAGAUAGGUAUUUUUUUCAAAAAUAUUCAGUGUACAAGACGAGUAUAGACGCCACUGGUUGAAAUAAAUAAAAUUGUUUCUAUAACGAAAAAGGCACUUUGCUGCAUAUGUUGAUGAUGCAUGUAUCAAGUUUCAAAAAAAUAUUUAUAACAUCAGAUUAUAAAAAAAAAUAUCAUUUUUAAAUUUUCCCACCCUAUGUAUCUCAGAAGUUAUGAUAUUUAGGACAUACAUCCAUACAAAGUUUUUUUCAUAGAAUAGGUUGAAGAAUGAUCCCCUUAAAUAUUAGCAUAUCAUUAAUAAGGAACACUCUGUAUUGUAUUUUUUCUUGGUAAAUCUCAAUGGAAAAAAAUAUUUUUACCUUCAAUAUUAAUGAUUUUUUAUGUCUAAAGUCUAUCCAACGAGCCGGGGAAGAUUUCGACAGAUGACAUCCCAAAAAUGACAGAAAAUACCAUCCGAUCGAAAAAAAUAACCGCGUGAGUGGUUGCUUGGAAAUGAAUAUUGAAGUUAUUUUUUAUGUAAUAAUAUAUGGGGAAUGUCCUCGAUUAUCAUUUCUAAGCCAACUGGACGCCAUAUUUUUUCUAUCAUAUGGUACAAUUUACCUGCAAGUUAAAAUGACAGACAAAACUGUCACUGCCAUGUAUUCUCUCGUUGGACAGACUAUAUUUACUAAUGUAUAAUUUAAGUUUAAAUGUCGAUUAUAUAUACUUUUUAUA